AUGGCAUAAAAAGUGAAAAUUGAAUGCAUAAAAUAAGGAUUUUAAAUUAGUAAUGAAAUGAAAAUAGAUAUAAUGGACUUUUAUAAUAAAUCAUUACAUUAAGAACAUUAUGCACAUAAAACAGAUUAUAUUAGACAUAAUUUAGAAGAGAAAUAUGGUAUUUUAUGUAUUAUAUAAAUAGGUCGUUGUUUUUCAAUAAUAAUAUAUUCAAUAGGUUCAUUUGUAUCCCAUUCAUUCUUACAUGCAGAUGAUUAUUUAUUAGAAUUAAGAUCACCUGAGCAUCAUAUUAUUGCAUAUUUAUUACCUCCUUCUUAUAAUCCUCCUCCAUUAAUUCCAGAUUCUUAAGUUCUACCUUUAAGUAGAACAUUAACUCAUCCAUUAUAUACUACAUAACCUAUCUAAAUGUAAUUAUACAUAUUAAAUUAGUUAAUAAUCUUCUUAAUCUAAGAUUUUAGAUUAUCCUGCAUAAUAUUCAUCUUAUUAUUAAAAUAAAUAUUAUGAUGGUUAUUAUAGAAGAGGAUAUUGGUGA